GGCGCUCGGCGGGCCGGCGGGCAGGGCGCGCUCCGCACCUGCGGCGGCCGCUCGGGCGAUGGCGCGGCGCGGCCCGGGGCCCCGGGCGUCCUGAGCGCCCCGUCAGCCCGGGGAUGCCCGCCGCGCUGCUAGCCCUGGCCAUGUCGUCGUCCUUCUUCAACCCCAGCUUCGCCUUCAGCUCGCACUUCGACCCCGACGGCGCCCCCCUCAGUGAGCUCUCCUGGUCGUCCUCCCUGGCUGUGGUGGCCGUGUCCUUCUCCGGGCUCUUCACUGUCAUUGCCCUCAUGCUGGCCUGUCUGUGCUGUAAGAAGGGUGGCAUCGGGUUCAAGGUGAGGGCCGGGGGCCCAAGGGGAUGCGGACGGGAUCCCAAGGGUUGGGCUCUCUUGUGCCCACUCGGCACUGAGCCUCCCUCCCCUGGGGGGCUGCCUACAGGAGGGCCGUGGAGGCCAGCCCACUGUCUCCCCCAUUUUGGACCCCCUCUGUGUGGGCAUGUCCCAGCUCAGGGCCAGGCCACUCAGUGCCGCGCAUGGGUUGGGCACUCUGGGACAGUGAGGAUGGGCCUUGCAAGGGCUCACGGGGGGGGGGGGGGGGAGGCUCCUGAGCCGGUGUGGGAGGGGGCUCGCUUCCCCAGACGCCCCUGACUCCCCCGUGGAGGAGGAGGGCUCUUGGCCCAGCGGUCCUCAAGUUCCUGCUCAUUCGAACCGACAACAGGAAACCAAAGCCACCCAGACACGCUUUCCCUGCACCAAAACCACCUUGCCAGCCGGACCUGGGGCAUCUUCUGCCCCACAAGGUGGGGAUCGUGUGCCGGAGCCAGAAAUCAGGGUGACUGUGCGCAGCGGUAGUGGUCAUUGCUACUCACGGAGCAUCAGCUAAAUGCACAGCCCCGUCUUCACUACGGCCGCUCCCCAGAGUUACAUUCCCAAGGGUCCUGGGCUGAAUUCUGGGGCCCCCUCCUGAGGAUGAUGACCGAGGGGUACCCCCUGGAGAGCUGUCCCCCCCACCCUGCCAUGUCUGGUUGCAGCUCUGAGCGGGGAGGACCAGGGGGAGAAGCUGGCAGUUGAGAACCCCAAGCAGAGGCUCCCUGCUGCCCCCGCCCCCCCUCCCACAUGGGUCGAGUUCCUGCCAACUUAGCAAAUAGCGGGCUGGGCUGUGGUCAUUCACCCCCUGCCCUGGGCUGGAGGUCGGAUUCCUGGGCCUGGCGAGUUGGGGAGGGGAGGGGCCGUCCUGUGGCACCCAUCAGUGUCCACACCAAGUGGCCCACACCCCGUUUUAGAAAAAUAGCGCCCCCCCCUGGUAUGGCAUGUCACGGAGUGGGGGCCCGCAGGAGCUGCCCGCCUGCCUGGUGAGGACGAGGAACUUGCCUGUUACAGAGGCCACCCUACCAGGCCCCUCAGUGCCUCUGUGGCAGGGCUGUGGCUCCUUGCACCCUGCCCUGGCUAGACUGUCUCCCUGACCUGCGGGCACCCAGCAUCUGGGCCAGGCAGGAUCCUGGGGCCAGAGCCGUGAGGUCAUGGGGGGUGGGGGGCGGGGGAGCCUUGUAUAGGUCAGCCCCUCCUCAGGGUACUGUGAGAACAAGGCCCCAAACAAGGACGAGCCUCGGCCCCUCCUACCCUUGCCCUCCUCGCCUCCUGGAGAACAUGGUGCCCAGAACAUUCCAGCCCCAGUACGUGUUGGUGGGAGGGCCUGCCUACACCGGGGGCUCCUGCCUGGCCUCUGGGGGCCCAGGGCUGGGCACCCCCGGGAGCUUGCUGGGAGAAGGGGCUGGGCAGCGAUGCUCACACUGUCCUACUUGAUUGCCCGCUGUGCCGGAAUCAUCCAGCGGGCUGUCAGGCAGCACCAUCAGGAGUUUGAGAAUGCUGAGGGGGAAGAGUACGCAGCAGGCUUCUCGGCACAGGGCUCCCCUGCCUCGGGGGCUCCGAACGGGCCAGACGUGUAUGUCCUGCCACUCACCGAGGUCUCCCUGCCCAUGGCCAAGCAGCCGGGGCGCUCAGUGCAGCUGCUCAAGUCCACAGACCUGGGCCGUCACAGCCUCUUGUACCUGGAGGAGGUUGGCCACGGCUGGUUCGGGAAGGUGUUCCUGGGGGAGGUGAACUCGGGCAUCAGCAGCACCCAGGUGGUGGUGAAGGAGUUGAAGGCCAGCGCCAGCGUGCAGGAGCAGACGCAGUUCCUGGAGGAGGCUCAGCCCUACAGAGCCAGCCCCCUUCCCCGCCCGCCCGCCCCCUCCUGCCCUGAGUUCGAGUCAGGGGGGCAGCCUGUUGGCUCCCGCAGGGCCCUGCAGCACAGCAAUCUGCUUCAGUGCCUGGCACAGUGCGCGGAGGUGACCCCCUACCUGCUGGUGAUGGAGUUCUGCCCCAUGGGGGACCUCAAGGGCUACCUGCGAAGCUGCCGGCUGGCGGAGUCCAUGGCGCCUGAUCCCCUGACCCUGCAGCGCAUGGCCUGCGAGGUGGCCUGUGGCGUCCUGCACCUGCAUCGCAACAACUAUGUGCACAGUGACCUGGCCCUCAGGAACUGCCUGCUCGCGGCCGACCUGACGGUGAAAAUCGGCGACUACGGCCUGUCCCACGGCAAAUACAGAGAAGACUACUUUGUGACUGCCGACCAGCUGUGGGUACCGCUGCGCUGGAUCGCGCCCGAGCUGGUGGACGAGGUGCACUGUAACCUGCUGGUGGUGGACCAGACCAAGGCCAGCAACGUGUGGUCCCUGGGCGUGACCAUCUGGGAGCUCUUUGAGCUGGGCGCACAGCCCUACCCCCACCACUCCGACCGGCAGGUGCUGGCCUACGCAGUCCGGGAGCAGCAGCUGAAGCUCCCCAAGCCCCAGCUGCAGCUGACGCUGUCUGACCGCUGGUACGAGGUGAUGCAGUUCUGCUGGCUGCAGCCUGAACAGCGGCCCACGGCCGAGGAGGUGCACCUGCUGCUGUCCUACCUCUGUGCCAAGGGCGCCACUGAGGCGGAGGAAGAAUUUGAGCGGCGCUGGCGCUCGCUGCGGCCGGGCGGGGGUGGCGCAGGCCCUGGGCUGGCAGGCCUGGCUCUGGGGGGCGCGGGCGAGCUGGCCUCCGCCUCGUCCUUCCCGCUGCUGGAGCAGUUCGCGGGCGACGGCUUCCACGCGGACGGGGACGACGUGCUGACGGUGACCGAGACGAGUCGCGGCCUCAACUUCGAGUACAAGUGGGAAGCGGGCCGCGGCGCCGAGGCCUUCCCACCCCCCGGGGCUGCAGCGAGCCCUAGCCGCACCGCUUGCCUGCAGGAGCUGUGUGCCGCUGACGGUGCGCCCCCGGGCGUGGUGCCUGUGCUCAGCGCGCACAGCCCCUCGGUGGGCAGCGAGUACUUCAUCCGGCUGGAGGAGCCGACGCCCGCCGCCGGCCAUGACCCUGACUGCGCCGGCUGCACCCUCAGCCCCCAUGCCGUGGACCUGCUCCCCGAUGGUGGUGACCAGGACGAUGACUCGGAGGGCAGUGCGGCCACCUCGCUGGCCAUGGAGCCCCUACUGGGCCAUGUGCCGCCCCCCGAGGGGUCCUGGGGCCGCUGUGACUACCUGCAUGGGAGCUGUGCCCGGGAACCGUCCUGUCCUCUGAGCUCGCCUUCACCCGGGACCCUCGUGCUGGCGGAGCCCAGGGAGGAGGAUGCCGACUGGGGCACAGCUGCCUUCUGCCCACCCUUCUUGGAGGACCCAGUGGGCACGUCCCCCUCGGGCGGGGAGGAGAUGGGGGCCACCGAGGCCUGCAGGGCCGCCCAGCCCAGACACUGGAGCUCCAACGUGUCCGCCAACAACAACAGUGGCAGCCGAGCACCAGGCUCCUGGGACCUGGGACACAUGGCUGGCUGCAUGGACUGCUGCCCUGGCCCAGAGCACACUUUACGGGCUGCCCCGGAGCUAGGCGGUCCCCUGGCCCUAGAGGACCCCACAGAGCCUCUCCUUGGGUCAAAGGGGGCCUCCUCUGGCCAGGAGCUAGGCCGCUGCUUUGGCCUUCCUCAUCUGUGUCCUGCUGAGGGCCUGGCACCGGCCAUCUGCCUGGUGACAUCCUCCCGGACAGAGGCAGCCAUUAGCCAGGCUAACAGCCCCCAGACGGAGCUCAGGCUUGCUGAGGAAGCUGAGGGCUCUGCCAGACCUCAGCUACCCCUUCCCUCUCUCCCAGCCCCAUCCCAAGAGGGAGCCCUGCUUCCUGCCGAGGCGGCCAGUGCCCUCGACACCCUGCCCGCCUUGCCCACGCCUGCUGGCAGCUGGGAGACUGCCACUGAGGCAGCCCAGACCCCAGACAGCUACAGGGUUUCCCCUGAGCCGGGGGCGCCCGUCAGUGAGGAUGAGGACAUGACAGAGGCCACUUCUGGUGUCUUCGCUGAUUUGUCCAGCGAUGGCCCACUGGCCGAGAAGCCAGACGUGACUCUGGCCUUCUGCUCUUUGCAGAAGCAGGCGGGGACCCCCGACUCUGGGGACUCCCUGGAUAUCCCACCUUCAGCCGGUGACGGUGGUGGCUGCGAGGUCUUCAGCCCAUCAGGUAUUGGCACUCCCGGCGGGCAGCCCCGAGCCCUGGACAGUGGCUAUGACACAGAGAACUACGAGUCCCCUGAGUUUGUGCUCAAGGAGGCACACGAGCCAUGUGAGCCUGAGGCCUGUGGGGAGCUGGUCUCCGAGGAGGACAGCCCUGGGCCCGAGACUCAGCUCUCCACCUCUCUUGGUGGCCUUGGCCAGAAGAACCCCUACCGUGACUCAGCCUACUUUUCGGACCUGGAUACAGAGCCUGACUGCACUUCGGGCCCCCAGGAGAAGGGAGGAGGGGACUUGACUUCCAGGCUAGAGCUGGACCUGGAGAGCUCUGGGCUGCAGGCCGCACAGCCCUCCCCUGAGUCUGGUGUGGCUGGGGGGACGCGAGGCACUGGUCCCAGAGAGGUGCUGCCGCUGCUGCCUGAGGACUUUUCUCCAGGGCCAAGUACAUGCCCGGAGGGCCCCAGACCGGACCCUCCCUGGCCCCAGGGCCCUGCCCAAGGGCCUCCAGUGCCCAGCCCCGGGGGUUCCAAGAUCUUCCUGCUGACUCCAGUCCCGCUGAGCUCAGAGAGCCACCUCCCUGAACUCCAGGAGGCCCCAGUACUGCCGUCCGGACCCGCCCAGCGGGAACGGACAGGUAGCCCGGGUGCCCCCAGGACCCCACUCUGCCUGGCCCUGCCGGGACUGCCCGCAGCCCCGGAGGGCCGGUCGGAGGAGGAAGAGGAGGACAGCGAGGAGAGCGAUGAGUCGGAUGAAGAGCUCCGCUGCUACAGCAUCCAGGAGCCCAGCGAGGAGAGCGAGGAGGAGGCGCCUCCCGUGCCCGUGGUGGUGGCCGAGAGCCAGAGCGCGCGCAACCUGCGCAGUCUGCUCAAGAUACCCAGCCUGUUGUCGGAGGCCUUCUGCGAGGACCUGGAGCGUAAGAAGAAAGCCGUGUCCUUCUUCGACGACGUCACCGUCUACCUCUUCGACCAGGAAAGCCCCACCCGGGAGCUCGGGGAACCCUUCCCUGGAGCCAAGGAGUCGCCCCCCGCGUUCCUGGCGGGCGGCCCCCGCUCCCCCAGCGCCCCCGGCCGGCCGCGGCGGGCAGACCGCUCCCCCGACGGCUCCGCGGCGGAAGAGGGUGGAGGGCUCGCGUGGGACGAUGGCUUCCCGCCGACGCCGGCCCCGGAGGCCGCCCGGCCCGCUCCCGCCGCGCCUCCCAAGCAGACCACACCCGGCCCCUUCUCGCGCUUCACCGUGUCGCCUGCGCCCGCGUCCCGCUUCUCCAUUACGCACGUCUCCGACUCGGACGCCGGGUCCGUGGGAGGCCCUGUAGCAGGUGCCGGGGGCAACUGUAAAGAGGCUUGAGGCCCAGGCGGGCACCCUUGGAGCUUCUGCCAGUCCUGCUCCAGGCAGCAGCGAAGAUGGUGACCGAGAGUGGAGACCUCGGUGUUGGUGGUCGUCAGCAGCUUCCAGAGCCUCGGUACCCCAUGCAGCGCCCCGGAGCAGGGCGGGACAAGAGGCCUCCUUCGGCCGUGUGCGCCAGUCCUGGGCUGCCGGAGGGGCAGGACUUCUCCUGGACACGGGUUUGUUGCUAGCUGCUGAGGAUGCCCUCUAGCCUCAGGCCUGAGCAGGUCCCCUCCGUACAGCUGCCCCUCCGCCGUGACUCUGCUAGCGGGCUGCUUGGCUUCUGAGGCCAGGGGACCGGCUCUUGGCCGGCUGGGGGGGUGGGGGGGGGACUUUGCACGCCCUGCCCACUAGUUCCUGUGGUGAAUGACACAGGCCCGCUGGGACGGCCUCUCUCUGCCCCCUUCUCCCCUUCUGCCUGGUUCUGGGUUUGCAAGAAGAGGACCCUGGGCUUGUGUGUCCCCAGCCACCCUUACCUCAGAGUCUGUGGCUGUAUUUCCCUUCGGUGACUCAGCUGGACCCGCAAACCCUCCCUCCCUGUCUGGGCCAGCUCCCAUCUGAGUCCACGGCUGGAGCCUGGGCAGGUGGGGCAAGGCAGGCGGCCCAAAAGAUAGGGGCUUCCGGCCACACCUGUUCUAGAGGUGCCCGCGGCUGGCCAGCCUGGCCCGGCAGCCCCCACAAUCCGCGUCAGGGGCCCUGCCUGCAGGGGUGGGGGUGCGGGUGGGAGGGAAGUGGGGGGCUGGGCAGCACAGGGAGUAUUUUUGUAACUGCUGUUGUCUGAGCAAAUGGAAGCGGGGUGAUUUUAAGUUAUUGUUGCCAAAGAGAUGUCAGAUUUACUGUUGCUUUGGGGGUGGGGGUGGGGGAAUUGUUUUGGGUUUGUGUUUUUUGUUUUCAUUAGUCUGAGGCUUCGGAUGCUGGUGCCAUGAUUUCCUUGUUCCUUUUUUGUUUGUUUUUUAAAAGA